ACGCGCGCGCGAAGCACACCCACACGCACGCAGUGACACACAACGUGAGCGCGCGCGUACACUGACACCCACACUCACACGCCCACCCUCAGAGGUGGCGUCAGCCACAUCAAGGACGCCAGCCAGCUCGCAGCGCGUCGUGCUCCCCGCCUCCACUGCCAUGGCAGAGGGUGCCUACCUAGGAUGGGACUUCAGCACCCAGCAGGUGAAGGUAAUUGCUGUUGAUGAAAAACUGAAUGUCAUCUAUGAGGAGAGCGUUAAUUUUGAUAAAGAGCUUCCAGAAUUUGGGACCCAGGGCGGAGUACAUGUUCAUAGUGACAAGCUCACAGUGACUUCUCCUGUUUUAAUGUGGAUCAAGGCCUUGGAUAUAAUCUUGGAGAAGAUGAAGUCUUCUGGUUUCAACUUUUCUCGAGUCAGAGCUUUGUCUGGGGCUGGCCAGCAACAUGGAAGUGUAUAUUGGAAAAGAGGGGCCUGCCAAACUUUGAGGAAUUUAUCACCUGAUCUUCCUUUACACCAGCAGUUAAAGUCCUCUUUCUCACUCUCUGACUGCCCCGUCUGGAUGGACUCCAGCACCACAGUGCAAUGCCGCAACUUGGAGAAAGCAGUUAAAGGAGCCCAGAAUCUCAGUGAAAUCACAGGGUCCCGUGCCUAUGAGCGUUUUACAGGAAACCAGAUAGCAAAGAUUUUCAAGGAGAACCCUGUUGCCUACUCACAAACUGAGAGAAUUGCUUUGGUCAGUAGUUUUGCAGCUUCCCUUUUCCUUGGAUCCUAUACACCCAUCGAUUAUAGUGAUGGUUCUGGGAUGAAUUUAUUGCACAUACUUAAAAAAUCCUGGUCCCAGCCCUGCCUUGAUGCAUGCGCACUUGAGUUACGGGAGAAACUUGGACCAACAGUACCUUCAAAUUCAAUACUGGGACCUAUUUCUUCCUAUCUUGUUCAGCGUUAUGGGUUCAACUCCGAAUGUAAAGUAAUAGCCUUCACUGGAGACAAUCCAGCAUCUUUAGCUGGAAUGAGACUAGAAGAAGGUGACAUUGCAGUCAGCCUUGGCACUAGUGAUACACUGUUUCUCUGGAUCAAGGAGCCAACCCCUGCUUUAGAAGGCCACAUCUUCUGCAACCCUGUUAAUUCUCAAGAGUACAUGGCCCUUUUGUGCUUUAAGAAUGGGUCUCUCAUGAGAGAGAAGGUCCGAGAUGAGUGCACUUCAGGCUCAUGGGAAGAGUUCUCCAUAGCUCUACAAUCCACUGAAAUUGGAAAUUGUGGAAAUCUUGGUUUUUAUUUUGAUGUGAUGGAAAUUACUCCAGAGACCACUGGGCGUCACAGGUUUAAUGCAGACAAUCAGAAGGUAGCAAAUUUUCCUAAAAAGAUAGAGAUUCGGGCUCUGAUUGAAGGACAGUUCAUGGCCAAAAGGAUUCAUGCUGAAAAGCUGGGCUAUAGAGUUGUGCCAAGUACCAAGAUUCUGGCUACUGGAGGAGCUUCACAUAAUAAAGACAUCUUACAGGUUUUGUCCGAUGUGUUCAACGCCCCAGUGUACACUAUUGAAACUGCCAAUUCAGCUUGUUUGGGAUGUGCAUAUAGAGCAAUUCAUGGCCUCGCAGUAGGGAGGAAUGUUUCCUUUGCUGAUAUUGUGAAAUUAGCCCCGGAGCCCAGAUUAGCCGCUACACCAACUGCUGGAACAGCUCAGGUCUAUGGGCCACUCCUCAAGAGGUAUGCUGAGUUGGAGGAGCAAAUUGUCCUGCAGUCUCAUGCAUCUGCCAACUGAGAAGUCAGGUUCCUGAGCCUGCCUCCGAAUUGUCAUGAAUUUUGAAAAGAUGAAUCAACAUACUUUGAAAUUUUCUGUGAUUGCUCUGUUUCAUCCUCAGGUUAACCAAGCAUAAUGAAUAGGGGUCCAAUUCAAUAGUCUCCUCCAGGAAGCUCAGCACAGACACACUGGUCUACUUUGAGCCUCCUCUUAGCUCCUACAACAAACCCGAUUGGACACUGCCAUAAACAGUUGUUUCAAUGUUGCAUCUUGUCUCUCCAAAUGGAUUGUAAUCAUUUUAAAGAAAAGGACCACAUUCCACGUGUAAAAUCGCCCUGACCAUUGUCUCACAUUUUUGUGAGAUUUUAAUUACACUUCCUGCUAAAGUGCAACAUUUCCUAAACAAUGUUCACAAGGAAUUGUAACAUGGUUUCACCUAAACUUUCACCAAAGUGGUUCACAGAGAUAGGUAGAAUGUAUGUAUUACUUGUUUCCCAUGUACUUUCAAAACUGAUCACUCAUUAAUUAUGAUAAAGAAUUGAAACCAAAAAUAAAAAUAAUUAUGCAGCCCUUAAAGUUUGCCUAGAAAUUCAUAUAUUUUAUCUCAUUUGAGCUUCACAAUAAGGUAAGUACUUCAUCAGUAGAUAUCAGUAUGUCCAUUUUAUAGAUGAAGAAACUGAGAAUUAGUUAGCAAGUAUUAGACAGGACUUGAAUCUAGGUCUUCCUCAUUUUAUUAUGGCCAACAUGCCAUGCCCUAUACAAAAUCUGGAUCACAGAAGUUAUAAGCAAGGGUUAGAUCACUUAUUGAUACAGGCAGUCAGUGAAGGUUUAAAUAGCAGAUAAUGGGAUGAAGGACCCAAUAAACAGUAGAUGGGCACAGACCCACCUGAGUGAUGGGAAGUCAGCAGAAAUCUAAGUUGGCAGAUGUUAUAGCAUCUGGAAAAUCCAAGAAGGAGGAAUUAAGAACCUUGCCUUUGCAAGACAGAGCAGAGUAAAUAGUACUAGGUAAGUAAAGUCUCUGGGAAAUGGUAACAGACAGUAAGUUGUCACUAGUGAUUUUAAGGCGUUGAUUGUUUUGUAAUGAAGAAAUCACUAGAUUUUGGAGUCAAAAGGCUUCAAUUCAUAUCCUAACUUUGCUGUUUAUUGCCAUGUAACCUUGAAUAAGGCAUAUUUUCUCAUUAAGUCUAGUUUCCUCAUCUGUAAAAAUAGGUGGAAGAGAUUGGGCCCAAUUAGAGGUGUCAAACCCCAAAAGUCCAUCAAAACUCUGGAUGACCUGCAAACAGAAUAAGAUGUAAUUGGAAAAUAUUUAACAAAAUAAAUAAAAAUACAAUAUAAAAUUGGUCCUAUUAAUUUGUGGUUUUCUAAGUCAACAUGUGCCCAGAGGAAUCCAUUUCUAUUUGUUUGUCACCUAGGUGAUUUCCAUGAUCUGUGACAGCUUUAGCAUUCUGUGAUGCUAUAGGUACCAUUUUAAUAAGAACAUUGGUGAAGAAACUUAUAAUCUUAUGAAUCACCCACCCAGCAAAGAUGUAUUUAAGUAUAGUGGAGAGAGUACUGGUUCUGGAACCAGGACACUUGGGUUUGAAUCCUAGCACAGCUUCUUAAUACUAUGUGGUUCCGGGCAAGUCAAUCACCCUUUCUGAGCUAGAUUAAUUGAGAACCAAAUUGGUUCAUUGGAUAGGAAUAGACCAUUAUGCCAGAGUGAGAGCUAUGCCUCGGGCUUCCUUACCUUGGAUUUUGGAUAUCAUAGUCUUGAAAGUCAUAAUGAACAUAAAAGAAAUG